UUGGCCGUGACUUCUUAUCUGUCCGCCCAACAUUUAUUGGGUCCAAAUAAGAGUGGUAGUCAAGACAGACAGGAUUCAAAGAUCAAGUACCGCGAGGCAAUGAAGGCCUUGCAAGAUGACCUUUUACCAGUCAGAGCGCAUGGGAUUGGGAUGCUAAAGGAAAUGGUUCUUUCAAGGGAUCCAUUGGUAGCUUCGGGUUCAGGAUUGGACAACGUGCUUGACCUCUUUGUGCGACUAGUCCAAGAUGAAGACAGUUUUAUUUAUCUUAAUGCUGUAAAGGGAUUGUCUGCCCUGACCGAUGUCCAUGGUAAUGAGAUUAUUGCCAAGCUCGGUCAGAUCUACAGUGAUGAGAGUCAGAAAUUGGAGAAUAGAUUACGAGUGGGAGAGGCACUGUUACAGACUGUGCAACGUUGCGGGGAUGCACUCGGCAAAUAU